CGCUAGUAACGUGCGAACGACCAUUUGAAAUGGAUAACUUCGGACGUGUCUAUAGAUUUCGGCAUAUCACGAAACACGCGUAUUAUCGUAAUCAUCUCUAAACUAACACGCGUUUCAUCGAUGAUAUUUAUUUUAAAAAUGUAUUAUUUACUAUGUACGAGUACCUAUAGCUGAUACCGCAAUGACACGAUUAUUCGCGAGAAAACUGCAAUAACCGAUUCGAUGUGUGAUUAAUUUUCAUUUUCGUUUUAAAAUGUGAGCACGUGCUUUAAUUUGACUUUAACAUUAAUACUGAUGACGUUCCGGUAGAAUAUUAUAUAUUCCUACUGUUUGAAAUCGGGAUCGCAGCUAAAUACCUAUAUUAUCUGGCUAUGUUAAUAUAUAGGAACGCGCGUCUCGACGUGUGAAACAAUAAUGAGAAAAAAGGGUAACGCAAAAGCGGAUCGACGAGUUUUCACUCUGUACCACGAUAUAAUAUUAUAUAUUUUGAUCGUAGCAGCGACAACGUCAUACAAACACAAACUCGCUGUGGUCGAUAAACCACGCUCGUAAACGGUUCGCAUCGCAUCAAAAGUCAUCGCAAACGGUUCGCACCGCACCAAAAAUCAUCGCGCACGUGUAUUACAUUAUAUACAGUGACUACGAUACGACGUGUCGCGGUCUCGCGGGAGUGCAGGCCGACUGCAGCUGCAGUUUGACGGCCGGUCGAGUUGUGCAGUAGUGUGAGGUUAGCCGAUGUGGUAUUCGGCUUGCUGGGCGGCGGUAUGGCUCCGCCUGCAGGCACGUCGUCCAUGUUGCGGUCCCGUCGCCGCGACGCCACCCUCAAGCCGAACCGGACGUUGGACAGAAGCGCGUCCAGGGGAAUGCUUUACGAGAACGAGGAGCUUCGGUUGCGCACCAUCAACAUCAACGCCGAAGUCGAAAAAGGUCAAAAUUACAUAAAAAAGUUACGCCGGGAAAAUGAACAACUGAAAAGGGAGAUAUGGAAUUUAAGAGAAGAAUACGAACGAUUGGAAAAUUAUGUAAAAAGCCGGGAACAAUCAGAAAACGAAGAGUUACAGGAAUACGAAGAAGAGGAGGAGGACGAAAACGACGACAACGAUGACAUUGAAGCUGUGAUCACGGUAGAACCAACGGAAGUUGCAACUGAUACGACCGCAGUAGCUGUGUUGGAGACUGUGGUUGAAGAAGAUGACGAUGUCGGCGAUCAGGAACUUACCCAGAAACCCGAAGGUCACGAGUUCAUAGCCGGUGACAACAAAAACGUCGAACCACAGAAUUUAAACUCUCCGGGCGUUGACGACCCGCACGAGAUUAAUAACCAUAUCAAUAACGAACGCCGUCAUGUCACCGUCAGCAGUGCGCCGGCAGACCCUCGACGGGACGCCGUCACCGACACCGCCUGCGCGACGACGGCGACCGUGGACUGCCGGGAAGGAAGCGCCACCGCAGUGACGGCCGACUCGCUGGCGAUUGGCGGCGGUGUCGGGUGCGACGGCGGCAACCCCGACCCCCAGGACGGUGGUCGCACCCGACAGCCGCAGCCGGAACAAGAGGAGGACCCGGUACAGCACGGUGGACAACCCUUAUUAUCGCAACUGGACGCGGCGGUGCUGCAGCCGCACACCGCCUGUUUCGACACCGGAAGUAACCGUCAACUGCACGAUCUGACGGUGGACGAAGUGAUCGACGCCAUACAGGACGUCGAGCUCAGGGACAAGUUGCGAACGGUGUGCUUGACGGACGACAGAUGUUACAUGACGUUCGCCAACGCCGAGUGCUUGGAAAAGGCACUGCACACGGCGUUCGGCGUCCGUGACGUGCCGGUGCUUUUGAUGGACACUGGCGCGGGAGCCGUAAUCCUGUCACUGACGGGCGUGCCGGACACCGUGACCGACAAAGAAGUAUUGAAAUGCCUCAAGAAAUAUGGAACGAUCAUCGGCGGAGUGGAGAGGAAGACUGCCAGGUGUGGGACGGCCGGCGGCGAGCGUUACGUGCGCGUCCGGCCGACGCUCGGUGCGCCCAGGUACUUGUGGUUCGGGUCGGACAAAGUCAUCGUCAGGCAGCUGACCGAGCACGAGACGGGCACGAUGAACAGCAUCGCCAGGCGAAAGUCGUUCAGAUCUCAGAUAAAGUUGAACUUGAAAAUGGCCGACGCGCCAACGCCGUCCGGUGACCGCGGUUGUGUCAACGAAAACGGUGGCGGGGACAGUGGUGGCGCUACCGAAGUCGGCGACGAUCCCUGUCGCGGUAACGGCGACGGUGUCGACGUCGGGUCCUACACUGCAACCGCGAUGACCGCGGUGUCCGUUCGAAAUGGAUUCAAAUUCCCGUUGUCGGAUCCGAAAACCGCAGCCAUUGCCAGUCAACCGGCAGCGGAACCCAAGACUGCAACGGCGGCUGUGACGUCGUCGUCAUCCAACUCGUUCAAGUCGGCCGGGUCCCCGAAGAAAUCGAAAGCUGUGCCGACAAACGAUCGUGACGGCGGUCCACCGUCGGCUGCGACGGUCCCGUCCGAAUCGCCACUCAGGGGCCGGCGGAGAACGUCUCUGAUGGGUUUCCGGCGGGACACGAUAAUCAAGCACCGCGGCGGGUCCUUGUCCAGGAUGGACGGGGGCGAGGACGCGGACAGCGACACGAGUACGAUUUGCCGGCGAAAGUUGAGCAUCACUGGCCGCGAGAAUACGGAAAAAGUGCCUUGGUGUGGGUGCUGGGGCAACGGGUGUCUGUAGUAUAUACUGCGUUUCAAUUGUAGCGUACUCGUCGAUAUUUAGCCGGAAAAUAGUUAUGGGUGCCAACUCGUAUUAAUUGUAUUAAUAACGUAUAAUAAUAUUAAGAACGUUUUUUGGCGGGUACCUACAUUUUUUUUUCAAUUGUAUUUUUAAUGUGCAUUUUAUAAUUUAUAUACUUAACAUACUUUGUAUAUAAUAUUAUAUAUAACUACUAAUUAUAAUGAUACUUUUCAUAAUGAUAUUAAUUAAUGUUGUAUACUAUCGAAAUUAUUUUAUAGCGUGUACACUCGUAUAUGAAUUGUAAUUUAUAUAAUAUAGACUGAUAACCUAACCUGUUGAAAAAAGACGCGUUUGCAGUAUUUCAAAAUUUCAUUUAAGGUGUCUGAUUAUUUUCAUCCUCGCUGCAUAUUGAACACGCAUUGUAAGCUUUUUAUCUUUUAACAAUAUAAUCUGUCUUAAUAUUAGUUUCAUAAUAUCAAGCAGAAUAUGUUAUUAGAGUCGAUUUAUAAAUAGGUGUUUCAAGUACACGAUUGGAAUUUACAAAUUUUUAGACUAGUAAAAUGAAGCUUCUCGUAUAUACUAAAAUUAGAAAUUUAGAUUGGAGUAUAAAACUCAAAAGUUGAUAUUGCGGUCACCAAUCUUAUCAAUACAAUGAUAAAGAUCUAUUAAUUGAUUCAAGGUCAAUAUGAAAUAUUUAGUUCACAUCAUUGUGUCUUCAAUUUUUUUUACAAAAGAACAUUUUGAUUUCAGUUAAAAGUUUUCGAAAUGAUGAGUUAAUAGCUAAUAUUGCAUUUUGAGUGAAUUCAUUCUACCUAGUGUCUCCACAGUAUUUUUGAUUUGUUGAAGAAAUGGAUAAUAUAUAUAAUUUAUUAGUCAAAACCGUUCCCCAUUUUGGAGAGGCGUUUUUAAUCAGAAUAAUAUAAUACACGCGGUCGAUUGGAAUGUUAAAAUUUGAACGAUCGAAACUUAGGAAAUCGUUCUGUAGGUACACUUAUUUAAUAAGUGACACCGUAGGUAGUCGUUAUUGAUUAGGAAAUACUCAAAAUUAUAUUAUGUUAUAUCAACAAUGAUUUAGUCGCAUACUAGUUUUUGUAUAAUAUUAUAACAACGAUUGGCUAACAUUCAUAUCUGUAUGAAUUAUGUUUUGAAAUAAAAACCCUGCAGGUUACAA